AUGAAACACAACAUGCCGGACGGAAACUUCACAGGAUUCUCCAUGCUGCACGAGAGCGGCACAGGCGGCGCACCCAAGUACGGAGUGGUUUCGCAGAUGCCUGUCCUGGGCAAGAUCACCAACCCGCUGGCCGAUCAUAAUGACACAAGAAGCGCCCCCGACGUAAGCGAAGUUGGGUUCUACAAGUCGUUUUUGGGUAGUGGGAUCACAGUUGAGUUGGCGGGCACCGAGAGGGCGGGGUUCUACCAGUACACAUUCCCGGAUACCGACCAGACGAGAAAUGUCAUUGUCGACGUGAGCCAUGUGCUGUCCAGCUACCGUGGCAUGGGCCUCCAGCAGUCCUAUCUGGGAGGCAACAUUGAAGUGGUUGAUGGUGACACCGACAAGGGCUACUACAAGGGCUACGGUUCAUAUGACAACGGCUGGAACCGAGCGCCAAAGUGGACAGUCUACUUCUGCGGGCACUUCGACCCUGCACCAUCGACGUACCAAACCUUUCUGGGGUCCGGCAACACCAACAGCUCGGUUGUUGAGUAUCCUGCCGGUGGCAGCGUAACCUCGACGUCGCGUCUUGGCGUCGUGUACACAUUCGAUGGUGCCACCAAUGUCACUUCGAGGGUCGGCGUGUCUUUCAUUUCCACGGAGCAAGCCUGCUCAAACGUCGACUCACAGAUUCCGGCCGGGACAACUCGGGAGGAGCUGACGGCACAGACCAAGGAUGCGUGGAACAGCCAAGUCCUGUCCAAGGUCACCACCACGGACAACAGGAGCCUGACUGACAUGCAGCUGCUCUACUCAUCACUGUAUCACAUGAGUAUAAUCCCGACCAACAAGACGGGAGAGAAUCCUCUGUGGGCGUCCUCAGAGCCAUACUACGAUGACAUCUUCACAUUGUGGGACUUGUUUCGAUGUAGCACCGCUUUGUUCCACCUGAUUCAACCCAAGGCAUACGAGGAGUACAUCCGCUCACUCAUCGACAUCUGGAGAAAUGAGGGCUUUAUGCCGGAUGCGCGCUCGUCCUUCUGGAACGGCGCAACUCAGGGCGGUUCAAACGCAGAUAAUGUCCUUGCAGACGCGUACGUCAAGGGCGUGCGCGGCGGCGUCAACUGGGCGGAUGGAUACUCCGCCAUGCUCACCAACGCAGAGGUCACGCCGCCCAACAACGACGAUCCCCGCGACACUACCGGGUCAACCAAGGAGGGCCGAGGGGCGCUUCCGGACUGGCUCGAGCACGGCUUCAUCACACCGUCCUUUGGUCGCUCCGUCAGUCGCGCGGUUGAGUACUCAGUGAACGACUUUGCUGUCUAUACUGUUGGGGAUGGACUGGGCGAGGCGAAUGCGUCGACAUAUCUGAACCGGAGCCGUAAUUGGAGGAACCACUGGAACCCCGACGCCGAGUCGCUGGGUUUCUCUGGAUUUGUUGUUCCGCGGAACGUCAGCGGCUUCAUCGAGCAGGAUCCUCUCAGCUGCGGAGGCUGCUACUGGGGUGAUGAUUACUAUGAAGCCCUACCAUGGGAAUACUCCUGGAACGCCCACCACGACAUCGACACAAUCAUCUCUUACUGCGGCGGAGAGGCAAACUUCGUAAAGCGUCUCGAGAUGAUGUUCGCCCCGGGAGCCUACUCCUCAGGCUCAUUUGGUCAGAUGAUCUUUAACCCCGGCAACGAGCCCUCGUUCACCACGCCGUACCUUUUCAACUUUGCCAACCGCCAGGACCUCACCGUCUACUACACGCGCAAGUUCGCCAAAGCUUACUAUUCCCCGACCCCAACUGGUCUGCCAGGCAACUCGGACGCCGGCGCGAUGGAGACCUGGGUGUUGUGGGUGAUGCUGGGGUUGUAUCCGAUGACUGGCCAGACCACAUUCUUGGUUGGAAGCCCCUGGUUCUCCGACCUGACAAUCAAUCUUGGCGAGGGCAAGAAAUUGGACAUAACAACGGAUGGUGGAAACGAGACGUCUUACUAUGUCCAGAGCUUGAAGGUGAACGGGAAGACGUGGGACAAGUCGUGGGUGACUUGGUCGGAUAUCUUUGACAAUGGUGGAACAAUGGACUUUGUUCUGGGGCCUGACCCAUCCAACUGGACGACUGGUCCACCUCCACCGAGCCCUGGGACGGAGGCCGACGCUCAACGCAAGGGGUGA